AUGAGAUCCGUUGAGGAUAAAGGGUGCUUGAGUUAUGGACAGAGGCAAGAUUCCGGCGCCGGCGGAAAUUUGGGGUUUGAGUUUCAGAAAGGAAUCUCCGCCGCCGCCGCAGGCGGCGGCGGCGGUGGCGGGGGAAAUCGCCAUUCUCAUCCUCGGGCGGCGUCGGGGAAACCCACACCGUCAAAGUGGGAUGAUGCGCAGAAAUGGCUGGUGAAUCUGUCGCGCGGCGGCGGCGGCGGGGAGAGGGGGCCGCCGAGGGCGAGCCCGCGAAACUCGAACGCCGAUGACCGGAGAUUGAUCGCUCCGGUGCCGAAGCACGAGGACUACACGAGCGAGGAGGACGAGGUGCCGGCCGGCGAUGUUGAAACGAAGAAAGUGGAAUGUGAUGAUUCGAUUUGGAGGAUCAAUAAAGCGGCGAACGGGAGCGGGUCGGUUAAUUCCGGCGGGGUUAGGUCCAUCUGCGUGAGAGAUAUGGGGACGGAAAUGACGCCCAUUGCGAGCCAGGAGCCGUCCAGAACCGCCACGCCUAUCAGAGCCACCACUCCGGCCGCUCGAAGCCCCAUUUCUUCCGGAUCUUCCACUCCGGUGAGGUGCCAAAACGGAGUAGCGCAGGCUCUAGAAAAUGGCCAUAUUCCCGGAGAAAACAGAGGCGUUUCCGCCGCACUGCCCACCCGGUUCGGCCGACCAGAUUCCGGCGAAACCACCAUUAAUGACAGCCACACAGGUGCAAAUAAGAAGCUCACCCCACUCGAAACUCGCGCAGCAGCCUGGGAUGAAGCUGAACGUGCAAAAUACACUGCCAGGUAUAAGCGUGAAGAGGUAAAGAUACAAGCGUGGGAGAAUCGGGAGAAAAGAAAAGCUGAAAUGGAAAUGCGACGAAAGGAGGUGAAAGCGGAAAGCAUGAAAGCUAGGGCGCAAGAAAAGUAUACAAACAAAGUGGCAGCAACGAGGAGGAUAGCAGAGGAGAAAAGGGCAAACGCAGAGGCAAAGCUAAACGAGAGCGCAGCAAAGACGUCGGAGAAGGCGGAUUACAUUCGCCGCACCGGUCAUCUUCCCUCUUCCUUCUCCUUCUCCUUCAAGUUGCCAACCCCAUCUUUCUGCUGGUAGCUAUUUCUAUCUUCUAUCUGUAACACAUACAAAUAUAUAUAUGUUAUGCAAUAGUUUGUGGACCGUUUUGAAGCCA